AUGAGUACACAGCCUACUCAAAAUUUAGCGCAACAGCUAAACUUAGCAGAAAAAAAAAAACUCCAAGGGGUUAGCUAUAGGGUUAUGGUUAACUUACCUGUAAUAAUAAAAGACAAAGAAAUUAUUGAUCGAAAGCUUACAAUAGAUAUUUUCAAGAGAAAGGCAGCAUCAAAUCAGAAAUAAACAUAGCAAAAAAAGCACUUAUAAAUGAAAAAAACAGCUGAAGACUAGAUAGGUAGAAUAUACAUAAAUGAGUUAUGGAGUGAUAAAUUCCAUAAACUAGUUAUGAAUGAAUCAAGAAUCCAGGAAGUCUUAGAUAAAAUUUAAAAGCUUUACAGGAGGAAUGUAGAUGAGUUUGUAGAAGAUAUCCACAAUGCAGCUCAAUCAGAUAAAAAGACUGAUACAGAUGAAAUUAUUUAAAAACACAUUGAGAAAAGCUCGCUUCCAUAUAUCUUGAAAAAUAAUUCAAGUCUAUUAAAUAAUAUCAGCAAAAAGAUGUAAACAGAUACUAUUUAAGAUGACUAAGAAGAAGUAUCUAUUAUAUGUUCUAACAAGAGCUAUUCUACACAUAAUAAAAGAGACAGUUUAAAGAAUGAAUCAGUUUAUUUUCUUUUAAACAGAAAGGACUCAGAGUUAGAUAACUUAGAAAAAUCAAUCAAAUACAAAUUUUUAAGAAAUAAAAAGGACAACAUUCUGGCAAAACCUAAAGCCUAAGUUUUUGAAAACCCAAUUAACCCAACAUUUUUUAACAAUGCAUAGAAUAUUCUAUCACAGUGCAAAUAAAUUAACGAAGAAUGGGAAGUUAACAAAUAAUUACAAAGAAGAGCUUCUCCUUUUUAUACUGUCAAAGAAGAUAGAUUUUGA